AUGUUUCGUGAUGAGAGCAGCAAAGUGAUACAGAAGGCACAUGCUCAAUGGGGUGUUGGCGACUCCACCUCCGAAGGGCUCUCAACACAAACUUCAUCAAGCUCUCUUGCUUCAUCUUAUGCAUCCAGUGCUUCCACAAAUUCAUCUUCCUCCUCUGUAUCAUUACACACACACACGGCUCCUUCCUCCGCCAUCUCCAACACAUCGCUCAAAGCCGGGUGGCCCACAUCCCCUACUUCCACAACGAGCCAGCAAGCUUCGCCUCCUACCCCUUCGUCUCCCACUUCAUCCUCCGUCCUUUCCAUAUCUUCGGUCGCCAAUGCAACACAUCCUAUCCAUAUCCGGCCGUCGCGGCUCCCGACACCCAUCGACUCGAGCCUCGAGGACCAGGGCGUUCAGUUCUAUGUUAAUCGCUACCUCAUUGGCCACCCCGAUGAGCCCAGAUAUCCUGGCGACUUGACAAGUACUGAAUGGCUGUGGGACCCAGCCGUACAGGAUAUUAUGGCUGCCGUUGGCCUCGCCAGCCUUUCGAAUCUUAGGGGUGACACCAGUAUGAUGACAAUGGCCCGCCAAAAAUACGGACUAGCCCUACGUCAAACUGGUCGUCUUAUACAGGCUUCGAGCAUGCCGGAUUUUGAGGUUACAAUGCGCUCCGUCGUCAUGCUUGCCAUGUUCGAGGUGUGUGCCCUUACCCCCGAUGCUGUUCAAUAUGCCCCCAUGCUCGUCAAAGGGGCACAUCAAGGUAUUGCUCACGUGCACGCGCACGUUAUGGGUGGCGUUGCUUUAUUGCGAAGGUGGUUACCUAUGCCGGCAGCGGCCUUUCUUGGUGUCCGUGCCAUGGUACAGAUGUCUUACACUCUUUUCAUCCCCGCAUACAUCUCAGCAACGCCUCUGCCGGACCCUCUGUAUGAGUGGGUUGCGUUUGCCAAAACUCUCCUCGAACCUGCAGAUCAUCCAGCUACGGAUCUCGGUCCACUGAUCGGUCGAUUCAUCCAGGUAUCAACUUAUAUCAAGACCCAUGUUUUGACUGAUGGCCGGACACACGCUGCUGCGACCCUGAAACAGUUAUUCGACAUCGAUGUGUCGUUCCUGGACUGGGAGCGCAAGCUUGGGCCGACAUGGCGAUUCCGCACAGAGAAGGCUAAACAUCUUCCAUCAUCUGUGGUAUUUGAGGGUGUGUAUCAUGUCUAUUAUGAUAUGUUUGUCGCCCGAAUGUGGGGCCACUACCGAUGGGCACGCACUCUUCUGAAUCAAACUAUCAUCGAGUUCAUCAAGAAAUACCCAAAGUCCAGUACACCAUUGAUGUCACUGGCCGAGUACGGACACCGGUAUGAGAUUAUAAGAGAGCUAGCCCGUGAUACUCUUGUGAGUACCCCGACACAUUGGCGCCACCCUCUCCUUACCGACAAAUCUGCCAUGCCAGUUGAGAGGAUGGGGGGUGCGGGCUCGGGCUCAGCUGGUCUUCCUGUUCUUUUAUUCCAUCUUCAAGUAGCUGCAUGUGCCCCGGGAGUGUCAAGGACAUAUUGGGAUUGGGCAUUGGCGGUGAUGGAAUGUAUCUGGAGUGACAUGGGCAUUCUACAUGCCAAGUCCAUGAUGGAAACCAUGAGGGCGUACCGAGACUCCCUCCUGAUAAAAGAGGAAGCAGCCGAAAGCAACGCAGGCUAA